AUGUCUCUUCAUGUUUUGUCCCAGCUUCCAGCUCUGCAGGCCACAGUUGCCCAAGACUGCAAGAUUUUGCAAGACCUUGAGUCCUUUGAAUUCUGCCAACGUCUGAGGCGCUGGACUGAUAUUGACCAUCAAACCCCGACUGCGAUUAUUCUGCCAAGCACCGAAGAAGACUGUCUCAGAACUGUUCAAUGGGCGUUUCGUUCCUCCAUCCCGUUUGUACCCACUUGCGGAGGCCACAGUGCUUGGUCUACGAUCGGCGAGGGUGGCGUCAUCAUUGAUCUGAGUAAUUACGCUCAUGUUACGGUAGAUGAAGCAGCAAGAACGGCCACAUUAGUUGGUGGGGUUCUGUCCAAACAGGUAGGCCUGCGCCUCGCGGAAGCAGGGCUAUUUACAGCUCUCGGAAACGGCAACACCGUCGGCGCGAUACCGUACUUCCUCGGCGGAGGAGCUUCCAUCACCUCCUCCAUCACUGGUUUCGGCUCUGAUCAGAUCAUUUCGGCGCGGGUCAUCACUGCUACAGACGGCGGAACACUAGUGGAGGUAACGGAAACCGAAAAUCCGGAUCUUUUGUGGGCGUUACGCGGUGCCGGCCAGUUCUUCGGAUUAGUAACCCAGCUGACCGUUCGUGCCCAUCCACUCUCUUUGCUGCGAAAGCAGGCAGGCCUCAUAUGGGUUGGAGCAUUUGUCUUCCCGCUGGAUCGCGCGGCGGAGGUCGCUCGCGUGAUGAAGCCACUCAUGGCGGACGGACAGCAUGCGACGGCUGGCUUGAUGAUGAUCAUGGCCCCUCCGCCGGCUCGCGUCCCGUCGCUGGUUAUUUCGGCGCGUUACACGGGUGACGAGGAUCCGCAUAUCCCCUUCGGACCGCUGUACGAGCUGCAGCCAGUGAUGGUGACCGGAGGGGAGUUGCCGAUCCAGAAUGCAAGUGAUGCGCGAGAGAUCCUGUGCGCAAAGGGUGACUUUAAGCAAUUUGGCGUGGUGGGCCUGCACGAGUUCAAUGUUGAUGCUUUUGCAAAGACGACUGCAGUGUGGAAGAGGAUGGUGGAUGAGUGCCCGGAUGCAAUCAAUACUGCGUUCAAUUUCCAAUGGGAUGCAAGGCAUGCCAAGGCGCCUGAUGUGGAUUCGGCUCAAUCGCUGCAUGAUAUUCGCUACUGGCAGAACAACUUGAUCUGGCAUACAGACGCGGCCAACCGCGGUAAGGUAGACAGCUACAAUGAACAGUGCAUCGCCAUCAUACGUGGACCGGCCGAGUCGCGGUUUGUGGACUUUCAAAAUGGGACCCGGACUGGGCCCAUCGAGAGACGGUACCGCGGGAAAGCGCGACUCGAGAAAUUGCGGCGCUUGAAACGAGAGUGGGAUCCUGAAGGGACUUUUACUCGGCAGUUGCUCGAUUGA